AUGGGAAUACAAACUGACAAGGUUAGGUUUAAUGUUGGAGAUAAAAUCUUUGAAACAAGUGCAAUUACUCUUGCAAGUGGACGCAGAAGUUCGAUGUUUGGAGCUAUGUUUGAUGAUGAAUGGAACCUCCAACCAAGACGAGUUAAUGAAGAGUAUUUUAUCGAUCGAAAUCCGGAUUGUUUUUCUGUUCUUCUCGAUCUUCUAAGAACUGAAGCUCUUUAUUAUGGUCUUCUAGAUCAUAUUAGAGCGGCAAGGUUUCGCGAAUUGGAUGCCAACCAAUUAAGACUAACGAGUUCGGUUAGGGGUCAAGCUUCUGGCGGUUCUAAUGCCAUUAGAGCAAGUCCUGAUGGCGGUUGUGCUGUAGCUCAUAGCAGGAUUGUCCGUACAUACGAUUGGAUGCUUGAAGAAUAUCCACCAACAAAUCUCAAUUAUCAAAAAGUUAACGAUAUUGGCUGGAUCGAUUCAGAGAAUAUUGUCAUCAGUGCUUGCAAAAGAUCCGGACGACGACUCUGGUAUUGGUCUUUUCAGUUCGUCAAGCGCGGAACAGGUAUUAACGGAAUUGGAGUUUGGGACCAAGUUACUGGAGAACAAACGGAUUUUUUCCAUAAAACAGUAGUCCUGACUGGUUUUUAACGUCUAGUAUUGGAAGAAGUUGCGGUGGUGGUGCAAUUCGUGACUUCUCAAUUGGUGGUGAUCGACUUUUCGCUCUUCAUAGUGAGGAAAAUGUGUUUGAUGUGUGGGAGACUCCAUCUCCUCCUUCUAAUUGCUCUGUGUAAUGACAUAAAACACUCUGCACUUCCGAGAAUCCACGCGAGGAACCACUAUUUUGCUCGUCCUACAUAUCAAAAGUUUAUCUUCAAGGAAUAAUGUAUGCACACAUUAUGCAGUAUGAUCCUUGACCUUUAUUUAUCUUGUUUUUAUGAUUGUUAGUCUGCAUUCUGUUCGUGAGCCACUCUGUUGGUAAAUCUAGAUUGUGGGGUCUUCAAAUUUUAAUUUAAUUUCUAUAUAUUAAAUAUUUCUUUGUUUAUUUUCGGGUUUAUUAUCUUAAGGUUCUUCUUCUUCUCU